AUGAAGCUCUCAAAUACACAAUCAGGCUCUCAGCCGACCUCUCCCGAUACAAAUAGCUUCGAUCCAAUUGCAGUCGUCGGCUUCGGAUUCAAAUUCCCCCAAGACGUAACAAACGCAGAGAGCUUAUGGAAACUCCUCAUCGAGCGCCGGUCGACCAUGACCGAGAUUCCCAAGAACCGAUGGAACAUCGAUGGAUUCUACAAAGAGAAUGGUCACCGACCUGGCACUGUGAAGAAUCGCGGUGGCCAUUUUCUAUCCGACGAUCCAGCACGCUUCGAUGCGCCGUUCUUUUCUAUUCAGCCGGCUGAGGCGGAAUGUAUGGAUCCACAGCAGCGCUUGCUGCUCGAAACGAGUUAUCACGCUCUUGAAAACGCUGGUAUUACCAUGCAGGAUGCUGUAGGCACCCGAACAUCAGUCCACGUGGGGUGCUUAUUACAGGAGUACAGCCAAAUUUCUCAGAGAGAUGCUCAGAUGCCUGGCGACUAUCGUAUUGUUGGCUCAAGUGGUCUGGCUAUGUUAUCAAACCGGUUGAGUUGGUUCUACGACUUCAGUGGACCUAGUAUGACUGUGGAUACAGCUUGCUCUGGUGGUCUUGUUGCUCUUCAUCUUGCGUGCCAGGAGUUACUUGCUGGAAGCGUUAAUAUGUCUCUUGUAUGCGGCACCAACUUGUGUCUACUACCAGACUCGACUGCCCUAUUGAGCAGUCUUAACAUGAUGUCCAAAGACAGCGUAUGCUACUCCUUCGACGAGAGAGCUUCUGGCUAUGCACGAGGAGAGGGUUUUGGAGUCCUGGUUCUCAAGCGACUUUCAGAAGCUAUUGCCGAUGGCAAUAAUAUCCGCGGUGUGAUUCGGUCGACGGGUUGCGGCCAAGAUGGCAACACUCCGAGUAUCACAUCGCCUAGCCAAUCCGCACAAGAGCGCCUUAUUCGCGAGACGUAUGCACGAGCCGGUCUCAGUCUCGACGAAACUCGCUACUUUGAAGCACAUGGAACUGGUACUAAGGCUGGAGAUCCAUGUGAAGCUGCUGCUAUCAACAGUGUAUUUUCUGCUCGGACGCCCGAAGACCCAAUUUUCGUUGGCGCGCUCAAGUCAAAUAUGGGCCACCCUGAAGGCGCUAGCGGUAUCGCUGGGGUGAUAAAAACGUUACUGGUACUUGAAAAGGGUAUCAUCCCGCCGAAUGUUUACCCUGAACGCAUCAAUCCUGCCGUUACGGCCGCUGGACCGAACUUGAGAUUCCCGUUGAAACCCGUGCUAUGGCCGACCAGUGGAGUCCGACGUGCAAGCGUGAACUCUUUCGGAUACGGUGGAACAAAUGCACAUGUCGUUAUCGAUGAUGCGCUCAGCUUUCUCCGCGAGCAGGGUCUAGAAGGGAGACACUGCACCGCAGAUGUCCGAACGAUUGAGGAAGCGAAACACGUCCAUCCUUGCAACACCUCGACCUUGAUCCGCACUUCCAGUAACGAGAAUGGUUCUGAAACCAUGCCUUCUGGUAGCACGACUUGUGACGACACGCCUUCUGGUUCUGCAGGCGAUUAUGAAGAAGCCAGUACUUUUGCGGGUGAAAACAGCAAGUUCACUCCGAAGCUAUUGGCCAUCUCUGCUUUUGAUGAGCGAGCAGUUCAUCGAUCGAUUGAUGCGCUGAAGAAGUGGAUGAGCGAUCACAUGGAUGAUGAAAAUCGCCGUCAGACACUGAACGAUAUCGCAUAUACUCUGGCCGAGAAACGUACCAAGUUUCCAUGGAAGAGUACAUGUGUCGCCUUAUCAAACACUCAGUCUGAAAUGGCUUGGUCUCCACCUGUGCGAUCAAAACCAAAUGCAAAAAUUUGCUUCGUGUUCACGGGACAAGGCGCACAAUGGCAUGGGAUGGGUCGCGAGCUCAUGCAAUACAAUGUUUUCUCGAAGACUAUGCGAGAAGCUGACCAGUACUUUCAAUCGCUGGGAAGUUCGUGGUCUUUGAUAGAUGAACUAUGCAACAAAUCCGAGAGCGAAACAGCUAUCCACAAACCGGAACUUAGUCAACCAAUAUGCACAGCUCUUCAAGUCGCAAUCGUUGAUUUACUGACUUCCUGGAAAAUCCGAGCAUCUGUUUCUGUCGGCCAUUCGUCUGGCGAGAUUGCUGCUGCAUACGCCAGUUACGCGAUCUCGCGCGAAUCUGCAUGGAUGGUUGCAUACUUCCGAGGCCUUGCAGUCAGUAUCACUCAGUCCUUGAGCCCAUCGAAUGGUGCCAUGGUUGCUGUUCAGGCCCCGCUGGACUCCUGGAAGCAUUUGAUGGAUAAGCAGAAUGAAUCACACGCGGAAGACCCCGUCGUCAUAGCUUGUUACAACAGUCUGCGCAGCUUUACACUUUCUGGUCCUCGCGACGCCAUUCAUCAACUUUCGUCGACAUUAAAAGAAGCAAACAUCGAAGUACACAUCCUGAAGGUUAAUGUUGCAUACCAUUCUCAUCACAUGAAGCCAGUAGCUGGUAUCUACAAUAAGCUUCUACGAAAUAUCGAGCCCGGAGAACCACUCGACGAUCAGCCAUCUUUCGUGUCCACCGUCACCGGAAAACCCUUGGAUCAACUCGCUGAACUGAGAACUGCAGCUUACUGGAAUAAGAAUCUUACUGGCUCUGUCAGAUUCUCAAUCGCCCUGGAGGGAAUCUGUACAAAACCGGAUACAUCAUCAUGCUACUUUGUCGAAAUCGGACCCCACUCCGCCUUGCGCUCUCCUCUCAGCGAUAUUCUCAAAACUGCAGGGAGAGACGUAAAAUCCGAAUACGUUUCUGUAUUGCGUCGCGAUCACGCGGCAGAUGUCACAGCCAUGCAGUGCGCAGGAAAACUACAUACUAUUGGGACAUGUGUCGAUAUCUCAGCUGUCAACAAUGUUCGCGGUUCCGAUUCAAAGCUUCUCACAUCCCUCCCUAGCUAUCAGUUUGAAGAUAAGAAGAGAUAUUGGCUCGAAGGCCGGACAAGUAUCCAAUACCGCCAAACCAGAUUCGUGCAUCACGAGCUACUUGGAUCUCGCACACCUGAUUGGAACGAACUGGAGGCACGCUGGACGAACCGUAUUCUUCUAGACCAAUCGCCGUAUCUAAAAGAUCACGUAAUCAACGGAUUGUGUCUUAUGCCAGCAGCAGGCAUGCUAGUCAUGGCUAUCGAGGCAGUGCGCCAGUUUUACGGCGACGCAGGUGCUGAUGCUUCCGGGUACAGAAUGAAAGAUGUUUCGUUCACGAAACCUAUGACAUUAUCCGAGAAUCCACGAGGAACAGAGAUACAACUGACACUACGUCCUGGAAGUGUAGAUGCGCGAGAUACAAAACCAGGAAGUUCGUGGAGCCAUUUCUCGCUCUACGUAUAUGAGAAUGACACAUGGCAUCUUUGCUGCUCCGGCUCUAUCUCAAUCGCAUACGACAACCCAAACGAGACUUCAGCUGUACAGACCGAAAGAGCUGAAAAAUUCCUCGCAGCUACAAAGCAGUGCCGCACCGACAUUAGCCAUGAGGAAAUCUACAAUGCGUUCAACAAGGCAGGGCUAUCCUACGGUCCCACGUUCCGCAGCAUGCACGCUGUCAAAUGGGAUGAGCAGAGUCAACAAGCAACAGGAUCAAUUGGCCUCUCCGAAUGGCAGAAACACGCGAAAUUCAUGUAUACCGAUGCCCAUUUGAUUCAUCCCGCUGCGCUAGACACCAUCUUGCAGACAACAUUUCCCGCCUAUUCCAUUUUUGCCAAGAAUGCGUCUGCAACGACGGUACCUACGGGCUUCACCAACGCGUGGUUCUCAGCCAAUUUGCUGCGCGCAUCGAACGAAGCAAAGAGUGUAAAAGUGAACGCGCAAGUCAAGGGUUGCGGAUUCCGGAACAAGCUUUUUGAUGUUACUGCAGCGGAUGAGCAGGAUCAAGAACUCUACUUCUACGGGGAGUUGGAGACUUCGACGAUUGGACGGAGCGGUGCAGCUGCGGAUGAAGGAGAAGCACCACCGACUCUGUAUCGCAUUGAUUGGCAACCGGCUACCUUCCCCGAACUAAGUCAGCAGGAGAGAGAAUCACUUUACUCUGGCUCAACUGUCUAUGUUGUAUACAACGAGCGUGACUUUCUACAGAGCAGCUUAGCAGAUGUACUUGGAAAAGUCGCACUCUCACACUGCAAUGUCUCAAUAAUCCCGAUAUCUUGGAGUUCCGUCCCCCAACAAGAUGUAUCCCAAGCUACUUGCGUGUUUCUUCCUGGACUAGAUGGAACACUCUUGCGUCUUAUGAAAGAUGACGAUUUGAGCAAGAUCAAGCAACUCCUCUCAACAGCGGACGCACUCAUCUGGCCAACGCUUCAACAUCCAGCAUUGGACCAGAGUCCUACGGAAGGCCUUGUAUCAGGCCUUGUGCGCACGCUAGCCACGGAGUCCGAAGACUACCAUCUCAUCAGCGUUAGUCUGGAUUGCGAGAAUGAGUUACAGAAGCUCGCGAGUAAUAUCAUGGGAGUCUUAGACGCAAAGCUCGCGGAUCAGACUAAUGACCCCGAAGAUGAGUAUUGGGAAAUUGACGGCGUUCUCUGUACACCACGCGUAGUCGAUGAUGCAGAGCUGGCCGCAACGGUACUGCCACAGUCCAAAGACGUUGCGACCACUGUUUCCAAGCCAUGGAGUGAACUGAAAAAUCCAAUCCUCACAAUCGGAGCUGCGGGCAUUCUCAACACGUUGCACUACGAGCAAGAUGAUCCCCAAAACGACACGCUUGGAAGUGACGACGUCCUUGUCCAAGUCAAGGCCGUGGGCCUCAACACUCGCGAUGUCCAAGUCGCACUAGGCCAAGUCCACGACGACGCCUUUGGCAGCGAAAUCGCAGGCAUCGUACUGCAAACCGGAUCACGCAGCGCGUCCCAUUUCCAACCCGGAGACCGUAUCUUCGGCAUCACACGCAACGGCGUUGCACAAACGGCAGUGAGCAGCUUCAAGCAACUACGAAAGAUUCCCGGGGGAAUGUGCUUUGCCGAAGCAGCUGCGGUCCCCGUAGCGUUCUGCACGGCUUACUUUGCACUGAUGCAAGUUGCAGGUGUCAAGCUGGGCGACAAUGUACUGAUCCACGAUGCGACCAGUGCGCUCGGGCACGCCGCUUUCAUGAUGUGUAUACAUCGGGGAUGCAUGAAUAUCUUUACAACAGUUGAAUCGGAAGAGCAGGCGGAUUGCUUACUUCGUUAUAGCACUAUUACCAUGUUGUCUACUUUCGUCACUGGAGACCCAAAUCUCGAGUACGAAAUCCGGCGUAAGACUGAGGGACGAGGUGUAGAUGUUAUUUUGGGCUCAACUGAAGAGUUACACAGUUCAAGCGGCUGUAUUGCUUCGUUUGGAAGGAUUGUUGAUGUUGGAGAGAAACAUGCUUUUGUUUCCACGGCGAGCCGUCCGAAGGGGAAUUCGUUACCAGCGGUGGUGGCGAAUAAGAACGUCACGCUCGUCAAUUUCAACUUUCAGGAACUAGCGGAAAGCCAUUUGUUCGAAGGAAUCUUCGAGAAUGUCUGCCAGAUGAUUGUCGAUGGUCAUACAAUACCACACGUACCACUGACCGUGUUUAAACAGAGCGAGGUCGAGAAGGCUUUCCGGGCUGUGCAAGACAAGGAAACCAUGGCCAAGGUUGUGAUUGAAAUGGACAGCGAUGAGGUUGUCGAUAUGGAAGUCGCAUCGAGUCAUUCCAAGCUACUCUUCCAUGAAGAUGCAAGCUACCUUGUCGCGGGUGCUUUCGGUGGCAUAGGCCAAAGCAUUGUCCAGUGGAUAGUGCAGCAAGGCGCUCGAUACUUGAUAUUACCAUCACGCUCUCCAGUCGAAGGAACCGGGUCCGAUCGCGAGCACUUCAUACAAGAGCUCCAGGAAAAAGGCGCCAUCGUCAAAGCACCAGUGUGUGACAUCGCCGACAAGCACCAACUACAAAGCAUGCUGGACUUUGUCCGCGACUUCCCAGACAUCAAAGGCUGCAUCCAAGCCGCAAUGGUAAUGCGCGACUCAUCCUUUGCAAACAUGUCAGUCGAAAAGUGGCAUCAGUCACUUGCCCCCAAAGUCGACGGCUCCUGGAACCUCCACCAGCUCCUCCCUCCCAACCUCGACUUCUUCGUCAUGCUCUCCUCCUCAACCGGCAUCAUGGGCUCCUUUGGCCAAUCAAACUACACAGUCGGCAACACCUACCAAGACGCUCUCGCCGCGCACCGCAUGCGCCACGGCCAGCGCGCCCACGCCCUCGCCUUAAGCAUGGUAACAGGCGUGGGCUACGUCGCGCAAAACGAGCAAGUCCAAGCCCUCCUCCGUGUCCGCGGCAUGCUGGAAGAAGUAUCCACACAAGACAUCUUCUCCCUCCUCCAUUUCUGCUGCGACCCCAGCCGCGUAGAUAAUAGCAGCGUGGGUUCGCAAAUCAUCACACCCUUAACUCUCCCUGCGGAUCUCCGUGCAAUGGGUAUCGUGGCUCCACUCGGCAGCACACGCCCCAUCUACCACUACCUCGACACGCUACCAGCACGUAUCUCCAGCACCGCCGAGACAGACAAGUCGCGGCCCUCGCACUUGCUGUCUGAAGCAAAGUCUCUGGCUCAAGCCACGGAUAUCAUCGUUGGAGCCAUCCAAGUGCAGUUGUCUAGCUUACUGGUUGUAAGCAAAGACGAUAUCGACCCGCAGAAAGCGAUUUAUCGGUACGGCGUCGAUUCGCUGGUGGCGGUGGAGAUGCGGAAUUGGUUUUCCAAGGCGGUGGGGGCGGAUGUCGCGACGGCGGAUAUUAUGAGUGAUGUUAGUAUUUGGUUGUUGGCGGUCAAGGUUGCGGGGACGAGUCGGUUUGUGAGGGAUGAGGUGAAGGAGUAG